CAGGAUAAGAAGAUCUCGGUGGCAUUCGUGUGUCUCGGAAACAUAUGUCGUUCUCCCAUGGCUGAGGCUAUUUUCAGGGCCAAAGUAAAAGAAUUAGGCUAUUCAGAUCAUUUCGAUAUUAUUGAUUCGUACGGAACUGGUCCAUGGCAUGUGGGUGAUUCACCCGACCACAGAUCGGCCAAGACGUGUCGAAAACAUGGAGUUCCUGUAAACCAUGUAGCCCAGCAGAUCACUCCCGGAGACUUCAAGAAGUUUGACUAUGUUCUUGGUAUGGACGGACUGAACAAAUCUGAUUUGUUGCACAGUAAACCUAGAGACAGUAAAGCUGUAGUUGAGAUUUUUGGCAAGUGGAGCACUGACCCGCAGUUCAGCAAGUAUGUAGAAGAUCCGUAUUACGGUGGAAUUGGAGGGUUUGAGACCAACUUCCAGCAAUUAUGCCAUUUUAGUGAAGAGUUCUUGAAACAGGUUGUAGGUGAGAAGUAGAUCUAGAGAAUAGAUUAGAGAUAACUAGAAUAUAAUAGCAUUUAGAUAAUUUUUUUAGAUUAUUGUUACAAAUUAAGUACCUCUGUGUACUGCUAACUACCCG